UAUGCUCCCCCGUUUGUAAUUUGUGGGAUUUCUGAAUCAUUGUCGUAGUCUUGGGAAGUGUGUUUUCCUCUUCUUCUGUGCGGCUAAAUGGGUGAUCACGCAUUCGCUUUGCAGCUGCCUGGUCCCUCUAACAUCCUCUCCCUGUCGGAGUUGUCCCAGUUCAUCAGAUACUACAGCAGUGAUCUCCUGCAUACCAGCUAUAAUAAUAAUAAUAAUAAUAAUAAUAACUGCUCGUCUCUGUUUCCCCUCGUUGCAGCUCAGCAAACCAUGCAGGAUGAUUUACUGAUGGACAAAAACAAAGCCCAGCCUCACCACCAGCAAGAUCCAACGCAAGUAGACCCUCCUCCCUCCACCCCGACCCCGUCAUCGGAGCCCACUUCGUCUUCAUCGGAGUCGGAGAGCCCGUCAUCUGGGAGCAACCCAGCGGCUUCAGCGCUGAGCAGCAGCAAGGACAAAGUGCCGAUGGAGUCGCCGAUCCUGCCCGGGCUGAACUUCCACCAAGAGACCGGCGGUCCCCUGUCCUCCCCUUCCUCCUCUUUUGGGAGCACUUGGUCCACAGGAACCACGAACGCCGUGGACGAUAGCUUUUUCCAGGGAAUACCCUCUGUGAACGGGACGAUGCUUUUCCAGAACUUCCCCCACCACGUCAACCCGGUCUUCGGGGGAAAUUUCUCCCCGCAGAUCGGCCUGGCCCCGCAGACUCAGCAGCAUCAACAGCAGCAAGCCCCGCAGCAGCAGCAGCAGCAGUCCCAGCAGAGGAGAUCCCCUGUCAGCCCCAGCCAAGGGCCAUUCCCCCAGAGAAACGCUUAUCAAACCAUAAUGAAUAACAGUAAAGGGUCGUCAUCUUCUGCCCCAUCGUCCGCUUGGAAUAAUCACCAAAACGCCACAUGGAGCACAGCCUCCAACCCAUGGAGCGGUCUGCAGGCGGGCAGGGACCCGCGCAGAGCGGUGGGUGUCGGGGUUGGGGUCGGGGUAGGAGUCGGUGUCGGGGUGCCGUCUGCCCUGAACCCCAUUUCUCCAAUGAAAAAACCCUAUUCCAGCAAUGUUAUAGCACCCCCAAAAUUCCCAAGACCAGGUCCUCUAACCCCCAAACCCUGGAUGGAGGACAGCGGCUUCAGGACUGACAACAGCAACAACAUACUGCCUUUCCAGGACCGGAAUCGGCCCUUCGACGCUUUUAGCUUGCACUCUUUGGAGAAUUCCUUAAUGGAUAUGAUAAGAACUGACCACGACAAAGGUAAACCACACCCUGCCGGUGGCCCACCAAUGACUAUCGCUGAUAUUAUAUGGAGGAAUCAUUUUGCAGGACGAAUGGGCCUCAACUUCCACCACCCUGGAGCAGACCACAUAAUGCCAAUAAACACCCGGAGCUAUGGCCGCAGAAGAGGUCGUUCCUGUCUGUUUCCCUUUGAAGACGGUUUCCUCGACGAUGGCCACGGUGACCCCUCCCUGACUCCGGGCCUGAACUCACCGACCCGCUGCCAGAACGGAGAGAGGAUGGAGCGCUACUCCAGGAAGGUGUUUGUUGGAGGUCUCCCCCCUGAUAUAGAUGAAGAUGAGAUCACCAACAGUUUCCGUCGAUACGGACACCUUGUGGUCGACUGGCCGCACAAAGCUGAGAGCAAGUCCUACUUCCCCCCUAAAGGCUACGCCUUCCUGCUGUUCCAGGAAGAGACUUCUGUUCAGGCCUUGAUCGACGCCUGCAUCGAGGAGGACGGAAAGCUCUACCUGUGUGUGUCCAGUCCCACCAUCAAAGACAAACCAGUCCAGAUCCGUCCCUGGAACCUGAGCGACAGUGACUUUGUCAUGGACGGCUCCCAGCCUCUGGACCCCCGCAAGACCAUCUUUGUAGGGGGGGUGCCGCGGCCCCUGCGUGCAGUGGAGCUGGCGAUGAUCAUGGACCGGCUGUACGGAGGUGUUUGCUAUGCCGGCAUCGACACCGACCCGGAGCUCAAAUACCCAAAGGGAGCCGGCCGUGUUGCCUUCUCCAACCAGCAGAGCUACAUCGCCGCCAUCAGCGCUCGCUUCGUACAGCUGCAGCACAAUGACAUCGACAAAAGGGUGGAGGUGAAGCCGUACGUCCUGGACGACCAGAUGUGUGAUGAGUGUCAGGGGGCUCGCUGCGGGGGGAAGUUCGCCCCCUUCUUCUGUGCCAACGUCACCUGCCUGCAGUACUACUGCGAGUACUGCUGGGCCAGCAUCCACUCAAGGGCCGGCCGAGAGUUUCACAAGCCGCUGGUGAAGGAGGGGGGCGACCGGCCUCGACAUGUGUCCUUCCGCUGGAGCUGAGGGGGGGUCUCGCGUCCAGCCCUGCAGCCCCCCCCCCCCCCCCCGUGAACCCACACCCGACCCCCUGAAAAGAACAACCACCUGAACCCCUCCUGCCCUGCAGUCUGAGUCUGCAACAACCCCCUAUACCCCCCACCUCCUCCACCCGUCUCCCCACAUACACCUCAUGAAAAAAAGAUCUGGUCAAAGACACGGGACAGUCCCCCCCCCCCGCCACCCCUCC